AUGGCUGUGAGGUUGAAAUCCUCAAAGAACAUUGUAGCACGAACUAUGGAGAAGCUGCAUUGGCCAUUCGAGGAGAAGGAAGUGAUUAAGUUUAACGAUCGACUGCGAAAGCACAUUUGCAACUGCCAAUUCUCAUUGACCAUGGAAAAUUGCAUGCUAUUGUCCGAAACCUCAGACAAAGUCGCUACAGUCCUCAAGGUGCAGAAAGAGCAUUCAUUCCAGCUGAGCGAGAUUUUCAAGGGCACUUCUGCAAUGGCUACAGUCGCGAACCAAUACUCGCAGACAGUGGACCAAAUAACGCUGAUACUACAAAUGCUCUCGUACCUACCAAAUACCUUUGCCGAGAUUGAGAACAUCUCACUCUGCAUGGACGACUUGCAGAUCAGCGCAAGAAACGAAAAGGAAGCUCGCAUUUUGGACUGGAUUCCAGCAGGGGCUCCUCACAAACACGAUGAAAUAAGUGCACGCCGCGUUGCGGGUACUGGCAAGUGGUUGAUCUGUCAUGAAACGUACAGACAAUGGCAAAACGACGCUUCUUCCAAUAACCAACUGUGGUGCUUUGGAGGCCCUGGAACUGGUAAGACCUUUUUAGCGUCUUUGGUAGUCGACAAUCUGAAGAAGCAAUCCAAAAUCAGGAACAUUGGUGUGGCAUACUUUUACUGUGAUUACGCGGUUGAUUCAGCACAAGACUUUGCAGCAACUAUCCUUAAGCAAGUACUCAUGCAAGUUGGCUCACUACCUCCAGCCAUGCUUGAAUUCUAUGAACUGCACAGGAGGGCAGGAUUUCCACGAGCCCAAGUAGAGGUAAUACAGCUAGCCGGAAAGCUGUCUUUACAUUUCGAUGCUUUCUUCAUCGUUAUUGAUGCACUGGACGAGAGUGAUUCGCAAAAACAGCGACAAGAGAUUUUAAAAGUCCUUGCAAGCCUUAAAAUGUCCAGAAUCAGGGUCUUUGUCACCAGUAGACCACAUGACACAGACAUCCAAACCGCCUUGCAACACGCAUUAAAGAUCGAAGCUAUGGCAGAAGAGCAAGACAUCAGGUCAUAUCUCCAUGAGAAGCUUGAUUGUGCUCCACGUUUGUCGACAUUGAUUAAUGAGCAUUUGAGAAAGCAGAUCAUUGCACACAUUUCGGAGCGAGCACAAGGCAUUAACCAGACCGGCGUCAGAAGGGCGCUCCAGCAUAUACCGACCGAGCUGGAUCAGCUCUUUGGGGACACGCUGUAUAGGAUGCGCCAGCAACCUCCAGAAAUACAGGAAAUCGGUCUAUACACCCUGAUGUGGCUUUCAUGUGCUCGGCGACCCCUUUUGAUAUCUGAGCUGCAACACGCUGUUGCUACUCGGUUCAACGAGCCUCAAAUUGAUCCUGACGAAGAUUGUCCGCCAUCUGAAAUUAUUGUGGAGAGUUGUUUAGGUCUGGUGACAAUCGAGCAUGAUGAAUCCACAAUUCGUCUUUGCCAUUUCUCUUUGCAGGAAUAUCUGGACAGCCAACGAGAGAAUUUGUUCCCACAAGCACAGACCACGAUUGCAAGGGUUUGUCUGACGUACUUAUCAUACGAGCUUCCUGAGCAAGCUCUGAUAGGGAAUCAUGUCGAACUGUCGAACGUUUCAGUCGAAGUGAUAUUAGAUUACCUACCAUUCCUCCAGUAUGCGGCUGAACAUUGGGGCUUUCAUGCCAAAGCAGCAGCGUUUAAUGCAAUUGAAGGUGUUGCUUUGACCUUUGCCAAAGACGUCCUCAAAACCGUACGUGCGGCCAGAAUACUUGCCAAUUACACUCCCUACUCAAGGCGCAACCACGAAUCUGCAUUGACUCGUUAUAGACGUGCCGACAGGCGCCCAAAAGAGAUUGAGGAGAACCCCAAGCUAUUCCACUGUGGGCUACAUUUGGCUGCAAGAUCCGAUCUACCAGAGCUAAUAGAAUGUCUACUCGAACACGGCCUGAACGUCAAUAGUGUCGACCUUUUCGACAAUUGCAAUACGGCACUUCACGCCGCAGCAUCUCGAGGCCACUUGCUAUCUGUCAACGCUCUUUUGAAUCACCAUGCCAGCUUAUAUCAGCUCAAUUCGGCCUUCGACACUCCAUUAUUCUUGGCAGUCGUUAGUGCGCAGCUUGAAGUUGCGAAAGUAUUAGUCCAGCACAAGGCAUUGGUAAAUAUACAAUGCUUAGAUGACUGGACAGCAUUACACAGGGCUGUGGACUCUGGCCAGCUAGAAAUGGUCCGGUUCCUCGUUUUGCAUGGAGCAUCAUUAACAGCGAGAACAGCAAGAGGAUUAUACCCGCUUCAUCGCGCCAGUGGAAGAGGUCAUUGCGAGACCAUUGAGUUUUUACUACGUCAAGGUGCGUUCGUUGAUGCAAGGACCGAGGGCGGUUGGACUGCCUUACAUGAUGCUGCAAGAAGCGGCCAGCUGGAAGUUGUCAAAAUCCUUCUUGAACAUAAUUCACAUUCAAAUUGCCCGACCAACGAAUACAGAACUCCGCUGCACCAUGCGUGUCGUGGUUGCAAGCUCGAAAUAGUCAAACUCCUCCUGAACUGUGGUGCCAAUCACCUGGGAAGAGACGCCCAUGCACAAUUACCAGAACAUCGAGCUGCCAAGGAUGACCAUCCUCUUAUCUUGCAAUUGUUACUGAGCUUAGACCUCACUCAGCUCUCAAAAGUGGAUCGUUAUAAUGCAUCACCACUAGAUGUGGCAGAAUCAGCGGGGUCGUUCCGAGCUGGACAAUUCCUCAAAGGUAUCAUGCGACCAAGAUUCGACCUUCUGGGGGACACCAGGACCGGUCUCGAAAUUGCAAUAGAAACGAGCGACGUUGAGCUUGUCAGGGCGCUGAUCAGGCAGGGAGCCGAUGUCAACACCAAGGAACAUUGGGGCUGGACAGCUCUGCAGCAGGCCCUCCAAGCCGACCAGGAGGAUAUCGGUUUGAUCCUCCUUCAGGCUGGAGCAGAUGUCGAAGCCACGGGAGCACAGAAAUGGAGGGCAAUCCACGUUGCGGCUCGAAGAGGCAAAUCGGAUGCUGUCAGAUUAUGUCUCGAAUACCAUGCUGAUAUCAACGCUGUCACCGCCCAACAACAAACGGCACUUCACCUAGCCUGUCGUAGUGGAGAUGAGGAGACCAUCAGACUCCUGAUCGAGAGUGGCUGUGACAUUGAAGCUGCUGACAAUCGGAACGCACGACCAGCUCACGUCGCUGCAUCACACGGCCACGAGGGCGCUCUGAGAAUCCUACUGGAAAACGGUGCCGAUCUCAAGGCCAGGACUGCAGCCUCCCGCACCAUACAUGCCUGCGCUGCUCGCGGAUGUCACUAUGCUCUCGUCGAGUUUCUGCGGGAAAGGCGUUUUGCGCUGGAAGAUGGCAUGGAUACACUCACCUAG